AGAGGAGGGCAGCGUUUGCGGUCGACACAAAUUUAGGCGGGCAUCUGGGCCGGCUAGUAUUACCACUACCAUUGCUGUUGAAAUCGUGGAACUGCAGCCGUUGAGACUGCUGCUUUCCUUUCUACUCCUUCUCGACGUCGCUUUGUCUAGUUGUUUGUUUGUAUUUUUCAUAAUUACCCCCGAUGAGUCGGAACCACCGGUCAGAUCGAAAGGAGCGCCGCCGCAGUCACCGCGACCGCGACACUCACCGCGACCGUGACCGUGACCGUGAUCGUGACCAUGAUCGCAAGCGCCACCGCAGCCGCAGCCCUGAUCACAAGCGCACGCGCAGCCGCCCCUCAGAGCACCGCAAGCGCAGCAACAAGCGUCGGUCCUCCUCGAAUCCCGAGAAGCCGCCGGUCCCGCGCGACUUUCACUGCCACAUCUGCGGCAAGAACCAUUGGACGAUCGACUGCGAACUGUUAAAGCAGCACCCAGGCAACUACCCCAUGAUGGACGCGGAACUCGGCUGCUGGCAGUGCGCGCAGCGCGGUCACAACGCCUCGCAGUGCCGGAUAAAGAGGUAUUUGUGCCGCGAUUGUGGCGGCAUGCACGACACGCGCGACUGUGUCUACUCGCACAUCGGUGAGGACUGGUACGAGUUCUACGACUCCAGCACGCGGCACGUGUACUACGUCAACUCUGAUGAGUCGGAGGUGCAAUGGGGUCCGCCGACGCAUCAGCUGGACACCGUCUACUGGUACUGCUCACACUGCAAAGUUAUGAUUCCGGCGAAGCACCGGGAGUGUUUGUUGUGCCACGCAAUUCGUCCGACCUCAAAGGCGGAAGCCGCGGACCCGACUGAUUCUGAUUCAGACGCGGGUGGCGACAGCAGCAGCAGCAGUAGCAGUAGUACGAGCACCAGUAGCAGCAGCAGCAGCAGCAGCAGUCUUAGCGGUUGGAGUUCAGUUAGCAGCAGCAGCGAUGACUCCGACGGCGACAAUGAUGAUGACACGAUCGGUCAGAGUUCUACCAAGAAGGAUAAGACAGAGCUCUCCAAAUGCGCAUAG